GUCCUCUGCACACCUCUGUCCCUGGAGCGUGACCUGGUUUCGUCUUCCUAUCUUCGUUUCGCUAUGCAAUUUUCAGCCUCGACUUCGGGAGUUUUACGAUACUGCAGACCUAGAACACUUUCACGAGCACUGUCUCGCCCUAUUUCCAGACUUUCGUCCCACUCCACGCCCACCCUCGCUCCACGAACCGCUCACCCAGGCCUCCAAAUAUCAGUUUCGACGUCCACCUUCGUCAAGACAUCUCCGUCUUUCCAAACAUACUCCAAAAUUGCGCGGCGGUACAGCUCUACGCGGACUUCACUAAUGACGGCCACGGAACCCACCUGUGUCACCCAGUCCCAAAGUCCAGGAGACGCUACCGUCUAUUCGUUCUUCGAAGAUGCGACCUCAACGUGGCAGUACAUCGUCGUGGACCCUGCUACUAAGAAGGCUGUCAUCAUCGACCCCGUGCUCGACUACAACCCAGCGUCGGGCGCCAUCACCACCGAGACUGCUGACGGUCUCCUCGCCUUCGUGAAGGAGAGAGGCCUUGACGUCAUCAUGCUACUCGAAACUCACGCCCACGCCGACCAUCUCACGUCGGCACAGUACCUCAAGCAGAAGUUGGGUGGGAAUGUUCCAGUUGGUAUUGGCAAGCGCAUCGUAGGUGUGCAGAAGCGGUUUGCGGAUGUGUAUGGGGUGGAGAAGGAGAGGUACGAGGGGGCGUUCGACAAGCUGUGGGAGGACGACGAGAAGUUCAAGAUUGGGGAAUUGGAGUGCCAGAUUGUGCACCUCCCCGGUCACACUCCUGACCACGUCGGGUACCAAGUCGGAGGCAAAGCUCUGUUCCUUGGAGAUACUCUUUUCUACCCUGAUGUUGGAUCGGCUCGCGCCGACUUCCCUGGUGGUUCCCCUGAAGAUCUCUACAACUCCAUCGAACGUGUUCUCUCCCUCUCUCCCGAUACUCGGAUCUACGCCGGCCACGACUACCCACCUGAAGGCGCGGGUCAGCCAAAAGACCGAUGUUGGUCCUUCGUCUCUGAGCAGCGAGAGAAGAAUGUACAUCUCACCUCGAAACUGGGCGACAUUCCCAACCUCGCCAUCAACUCUGCUGAAGAGAAACCAGAGGACGUAAUGAAUCGCUUCAUCCAGUGGCGUGCGAAGCGAGAUAAAUCCCUAGGUGCGCCCAGGCUCAUCCACCCCUCCCUUCAAGUCAACAUUUGCGCUGGUCGACUCCCCGGUCGCGACGAGAACGGUCGAAGAAUGAUGAAAAUCCCCCUCAAAGUACCCGAGGGUCUGUAA